AUGAGCAAGGAAGGCCAGCCAGUUGGUUGGCCUGAGAAGGAGUUUCCUGAGCGCCCCGGGUUGGCCAAGUGGAGGAAGGUCGUCACGGAAUCCUCUCAUUCGGCAGCAUUUGGUGGGACGCAGGUGCAAGGGCGUCAGGGAAACAACGACAGCUGCUGGCUGCAGGGAGGUCCCGAUACCGCCCGCCCCCUCCCACCUUCUGAAAGCUGCCCUUUCAAUAGCAUAACCACAUAUGAUAUCAAGACUUUUAUUGGGAUUGGGUUUCAGGAGGUGGUCAGGGUGGAGCCAAGGACCACCAAGAAACCUUUUGCAAUAAAAGUGAUGGAAACCAGAAUGAGAGAAGGCAGAGAGGUGUGUGAGUCUGAGCUGCCCGUCGUAUGGGGGGUUGGCCACUGUUCCAUCAUCCAGCUCCUGGAGAUCUUUGGGGCCAGAGAUUGAGUUUAUGUGGUGAUGGGGUUGGCUCCAGAAAGGGUAUUCUUUGAUCGACUCAUCUCUCAGGGAUCCUUUACAUAGCAGGACGCUGUCAGAAUCCCCCACGUGGUUGCUGAUGGCAUGAGGUAUGUGCAUGCAUUGAGAAUAACUAACAGAGACCUAAAGCCUGAAAAGCUCUUACACGAUCACUCAGGAGUAGACUCACACAUUUUAAUCACAGACCUUGAUUUGGCACACUCUAGGAACAAAAGGGGUGACUGGACAGUGAGGAUGCUCGGUGGGACCCCAGAGUACAUAGCUUCCAAAGUUUUGCUGAGAAAAUCUUAUAUCAGCUCAGUUGACACAUGGAUUUUUGGCCUAAUCGAGUAUGUGUUACUUGGCAGAUCCCUGUCUUUUGACGAUGAAAACCAUGUGAGGCUUUAUAGGAAGAUUCCGAAAGGCAGAGACAGUUAUACAGGAAAGAUGAUCUGUGAAUGGGUGUAA